CCUCCCUUCCGUUCCUCCCCGCCCCGCCCCGCCACCGGGCUCCAGCCGGCUGGGCCCCAGCCUCUUCCCCGCGGACACGUCCCCUCUGUCCAGCCUUAGCGUGCCCGUCGCCUCUGCCCUGUGUCCUGUCUCAUGAACCCCCUCAGGGUGGGAGCAGGUUGUGGGGCUCGCCCCGGAGCAGACCCUCUCCAUCCAGGAGAAGGGUGGGAGGCCUCCGGGCCACCCGCCACGUGACAGAUGAGGACUUGAGCUUGCAGAAAGCAGAAGCGAGCUCCCUGCCCUGAACUCCAGGAACUCAGUCUGGCUGUAGGGUGACCCGGCUCCUCUGCUACCAUGAACAGGGCCUCUCUGAAGCGGUCAAGGAUCCUGCACAUGGCACUGAUGGGGACUUCCGACCCCUCCGCAGAGGCAGAGGCCAGCCAGGAGAAACCCUUUGUGCCGCGGGCACUGCAGAUCGCACUGGUGGUCUCUCUCUACUGGGUCACGUCCAUCUCUAUGGUGUUCCUUAACAAGUACCUGCUGGAUAGCCCCUCCCUGCGGCUCAUCUUCGUCACCUUCUACCAGUGCCUGGUGACCUCGCUGCUGUGCAAGGCCCUCAGCUCGCUGGCCACCUGCUGUCCUGGCACCGUGGACUUCCCCACCCUGCGCCUGGACCUCAGGGUGGCCCGCAGCGUCCUGCCCCUGUCGGUGGUCUUCAUUGGCAUGAUCAACUUCAAUAACCUCUGCCUCAAGUAUGUGGGUGUGGCCUUCUACAACGUGGGCCGCUCACUUACCACGGUCUUCAAUGUGCUGCUCUCCUACCUGCUGCUCAAGCAAACCACCUCCUUCUAUGCCUUGCUUACCUGUGGCAUCAUCAUCGGUGGCUUCUGGCUUGGCGUGGACCAGGAGGGCGCAGAGGGUACCCUGUCUUGGACGGGCACGCUCUUUGGCGUGCUCGCCAGCCUCUGUGUCUCGCUCAACGCCAUUUACACCAAGAAGGUGCUCCCCGCAGUGGAUGGCAGCAUCUGGCGCCUGACCUUCUACAACAACGUCAAUGCCUGCGUCCUCUUUCUGCCCCUGCUCCUGCUGCUGGGGGAGCUCCGGGCCCUCUACAGCUUCCCCCAGCUGGGCAGCGCCCACUUCUGGGGCAUGAUGACGCUGGGCGGCCUGUUUGGCUUCGCCAUCGGCUAUGUGACAGGACUACAGAUCAAGUUCACCAGUCCCCUGACCCACAACGUGUCCGGCACGGCCAAAGCCUGUGCCCAGACGGUGCUGGCCGUCCUCUACUACGAGGAGACCAAGAGCUUGCUCUGGUGGACGAGCAAUAUGCUGGUGCUGGGCGGCUCCUCCGCCUACACCUGGGUCCGGCGCUGGGAGAUGCGGAGGCUUCAGGAGGAGCCCCGCCCCAAGGAGGACGAGAAGGGUAACAUGGAGGUGUGAGCUGCUCCGGAGACCCUGGGAUGUCCCGGCCUGGCCCAGGGAGGAUGCCCUGAACGCAGGGAAGGCGUCUCUGCACCCAGAGACAGUGGCCUUACAGACCUGACGGUAAUCUGCUGGUUGAAAUGGAACCAGUGUUUCCAAGUGACGUCAGAAAGUUGCCAAACCUGUCUCAACCCCCUUUCCUAUUUCUGGGUGUUUGUCCUCCCCUAGGGAGAAGGGGCCCCCAUGGGAAGAGCCAGUUGGGUUCUCUGGAAGAGCGCCAGGUCUCCGGGAGGAGGAGAGGGGCAGCACCCCUUCCUGUCCCCCUUCCAGGGCCUUCUACCUCCACAUGACCUUUGGGGUUGGGGACAGGCCACAACCUUUAAGGGACAGUAUUGGCGAAGCCAUUAAGUCUUCACUUGGCCUCAGGGGAGAUGGGGGUGUGACCCCACCACAGGCUUCGGUUUGGGGGAACCUCACGCCUCUGUGCCCCGGGCAGGCAGCACAGCCUUGGCCCCCAAACCGGCCUGCCUUUGGAGGAAAGCGUGGGCUGGGCUGAGGGCGGAAGUGGACAGACAUUCCCUCUUCUCUGUACUGAGACCAGCAGGCCCCGUGGAGGGGGCGGAGGAUC